UGCGCGCCGCGCCCGCUCCCGCCCGGGGAGAGUCCGGGCCGGGUUUUGCGCCGGGUCCCCGGGCUCGUCUCACGGCCUCCAGCCGCCGCCGCUGCCGUGUUUACUGAGCUCGCGCGUCCUGAUAUCACUCCGCUGGCAUGGAGGAGGAGGAGGAGGUGGAGGAGCGCGAGGAGGAGGAGGAGGCGGCGGCGGCGAGCAGUUGAUCAUUGUGAUGGUGGCGGAGGCGGCGGCGGCAGCGGCAGCCUGGCCGAGCGUUAGGGGCUGCUCUCCGCGCGGCGUUUCGCAAAGGACUUCAGCGAUCUACUUUUGCAGUCGCCUCGGACUGUCCAUGUGUUUACUUGCCCCAGCCCGAGGACUCGAUGUCUAGGCUCCUGUGAAAUGCAACUGAGCAGCCAAAGUUCUUUGAGAACACGGGGCGGCAUAAACACCAAAACUUUUUUGUGGAAGGAAAAUGCAAUAAGCAAGCUCGCCGUUUUCCGAUGCGGCGUGGAGUGAGUGUGUGUCGCGCGUGUCCGCACUGGAGGCACACGCUUGUGUGUGUACAUGGGGUGUGUUUUUCGGUACGUAGGGAGAAAAUGCUUGCCAACCACCGGAAACCUCCUGGAAUUUAUUAGAAAAUAAUGGAUUAUUAAAAGGAGGCAGGCGAGAGGAGCGGAUCUCCCCUUGAGUUGCAAGCCGAUCUGCUGCCUGCUCAGUUUGUUGGGAUUCUAUUUGUUGAUAGGUGUCUGAUGGUAUUCCGAUAACACCCCCUCUUUCCUCAGUUUUUUUAAAAGGAAACAACAACAAAAACCUCCCCAAAAUCUCUCCCCCCCCUUUUUUUCGCCCCGUGGGGAUCGCUGUUUUCAUCCAUGUGCUUGCGUCUCCCCCGCGUUCCACUUAAACUAUUUUAAUCCUUGGACCCAAGGAGGAGGCUGAUAGGGGGGUGGAUUUAAAAAAAAAAAAAAGUUCUUCCAAAAUAGUGUGCCCCGGGAGCAGGAUGGGGGAUUUCGCAGCCCCCGCUGCUGCCGCGAAUGGUAGUAGUAUCUGCAUCAACAGCAGCCUGAGCAGCAACCUCGGCGGGGCCGGGAUCGGCGUGAAUACUCCCAAUAGCACUCCGGCUGCUCCGAGUGGCAGUCACCCCGCUGCCGGCGGCUGCGGCGGCUCCGGGGGCCCCGGCGGCGGCUCGGUGGCCGUCCCCAAGCACAGCACGGUGGUCGAGCGGCUCCGGCAGCGUAUCGAGGGCUGCCGGCGGCACCACGUCAACUGCGAGAACAGGUAUCAGCAGGCUCAGGUGGAGCAGCUGGAGCUGGAGCGCCGGGACACCGUGAGCCUCUACCAGCGGACCCUGGAGCAGAGGGCCAAGAAAUCGGGCGCCGGCACCGGCAAGCAACAGCACCCGAGCAAAGCCCAGCAAGAUGCGGAGGCUGCCUCGGCGGAGCAGAGGAACCACACGCUGAUCAUGCUCCAAGAGACGGUGAAAAGGAAGCUGGAAGGGGCCCGAUCACCACUUAAUGGGGACCAGCAGAAUGGGGCUUGCGAUGGGAGCUUCUCUCCAACAAGCAAGCGCAUUCGAAAGGACCUCCCCACGGGGAUGGAAGCCAUCAACAAUUUGCCCAACAACAUGCCAUUGCCUUCCGCUUCACCCCUUCACCAACUUGACCUCAAGCCUUCUUUGCCCUUACAGAACAGCACUGCUCACACUCCUGGGCUUCUGGAAGAUCUGGGUAAGAAUGGCAGGCUCCCUGAGAUUAAACUCCCUGUCAAUGGCUGCGGGGAUCUGGAGGAUAGCUUUGCUAUUUUGCAGAGCAAGGACCUUAAACAGGAGCCUCUUGAUGACCCUGCCUGCAUAGACACAUCAGAAACGUCACUUUCUAAUCAGAACAAGCUGUUCUCUGACAUUAACCUGAAUGACCAAGAGUGGCAGGAACUAAUAGACGAACUGGCCAACACGGUUCCAGAAGACGACAUCCAGGACCUGUUCAAUGAAGACUUUGAAGAGAAGAAGGAUCAGGAAUUUUCACAGACAGCCAUGGAGACCCCACUUUCCCACGAGAGUGCCAGCGUGAAGAGUGAUGCCUCUCAUUCUCCUUUUACACACAUCUCUAUGGGAUCGCCCCAGGCCAGACCUUCCUCUUCUGGGCCUCCUUUUUCUACUGUCUCCACAGCCACUAGCUUACCAUCCGUGGCCAACACUCCUGUGGCUCCAAACUCUGCCAGCUCACCAGCUAACUGUGCUGUCCAAUCCCCCCAAACGCCUACACAAGCCCACACUCCAGGUCAAGCCCCGCCUCGGCCUGGCAAUGGCUAUCUCCUUAAUCCAGUCUCAGUGACGGUAUCUGCUUCAGGGUCAGGCUCAGUGGCAGUGCCCAGCUCUGACAUGUCCCCGGCAGAGCAGCUCAAACAGAUGGCUGCCCAGCAACAACAAAGGGCCAAACUCAUGCAGCAGAAACAGCAGCAGCAGCAGCAGCAGCAACAGCAGCAACAGCAGCAGCAGCAGCCCCACUCAAAUCAGACUUCAAGUUGGUCUCCUUUAGGGCCUCCGUCAAGUCCAUAUGGAGCAGCUUUUACUGCAGAAAAACCAAAUAGCCCAAUGAUGUACCCCCAAGCCUUUAACAACCAAAACACUAUAGUGCCUGCAAUGGCCAACAGCCUGCAGAAGACGACCAUGAACAACUACCUCCCUUCAAAUCACAUGAAUAUGAUCAGUCAGCAGCCAAAUAACUUGGGUACAAAUUCCUUAAACAAACAGCACAAUAUUCUCACCUAUGGCAACACUAAGCCUCUGACCCAUUUUAACGCAGACUUGAGUCCGAGAAUGACGCCCCCCAUGGCCAACCCCAACAAAAACCCCUUGAUGCCCUACAUCCAGCAGCAGCCUACGCAGCCACAGCCGCAGCCACAGCCACAGCCUCCCCAGCAGCAGCCACAGCCUCCACCACAGAUGCAGACUCCCAGAGCGCACCUGAGUGAGGACCAGAAACGCAUGCUUCUCAUCAAGCAGAAAGGAGUGAUGAAUCCACCCAUGGCCUAUGCUGCACUUCCGGCCCACGGUCAGGAGCAGCACACAGUCGGUCUUCCCAGGACCACAGGCCCCAUGCAGAACUCUGUGCCCCCAGGGUCGAGCAGCAUGGUCUCGGGAGCCAGUCCUGGGGGUCUUGGCUUCCUCGGCGGCCAGCCACAGGCAGCCAUCAUGAAGCAGAUGCUGAUGGAUCAACGAGCCCAGCUGAUGGAGCAUCAGAAGCAGCAGUUCCUUCGGGAGCAGAGGCAGCAGCAGCAGCACCAGCAACAGCACCAGCAGAUCCUGGCUGAGCAUCAGUUACAGCAGUCUCAUCUGCCCCGCCAGCACCUCCAGCAACAGCGGACACCAUACCCAGUGCAGCAAGUCAAUCAGUUCCAAGGUUCACCCCAGGACAUAGCAGCUGUGAGAAACCAGGCAGCCCUCCAGAGCAUGCGAGCAUCAAGGUUGAUGGCACAGAAUGCAGGCAUGAUGGGAAUGGGACCGUCCCAGAAUCCGGGGACAAUGGCCACAGCAGCAGCCCAGUCAGAGAUAGGACUGGCCCCCUAUAGUGCCCCUCCAGCCAGCCAACCCGGAAUGUACAACAUGAGCACAGGAAUGACCCAAAUGUUGCAGCACCCGAACCAAAGUGGCAUGAGCAUCCCACACAGCCAAGCCCAGGGACCCAGGCAGCCUGCCUCUGGCCAAGGGGUAGGCAUGGUGAGUGGCUUCGGUCAGAGCAUGCUGGUGAACUCAGCUCUUUCCCAGCAGCACCAGCAGUUGAAAGGACCCGUGGGCCAGGCCUUGCCGAGGCCCCAAGGCCCACCAAGGCUUCAGAGUGUCAUGGGAACCGUCCAGCAAGGAGCACAAAGCUGGCAACAGAGGGGCUUGCAGGGAGUGCCUGGGAGGACUAGUGGAGAGUUGGGACCAUUCAACAAUGGCACCAGCUACCCGCUUCAAGCUGGUCAGCCAAGACUGACAAAACAACACUUCCCACAGGGACUGAGCCAAUCAGUCAUGGACGCUAACACUGGCGCAGUGAGAACCCUCAAUCCUGCAGCUAUGAGCCGUCAGAUGAUGCCACCACUCACAGGACAGCAAGGUACCAGCCAGGUCAGGCCGUUGGUCAUGUCUGGUCUGAGCCAGGGUGUCCCUGGCAUGGCGGCAUUCAGCCAGCCCCCAGCACAGCAGCAGAUAGCAGGAGGCAGCUUUGCUGCAAGCAGCCAGGGCCAGGCUUAUGAGCGGAACCCCGCUCAGGACAUGUCAUACAAUUAUAGUAGUGAGGGUGCUGGGACUUCUUUCCCUGGCCUCCCAGACAGUACAGACCUCGUGGACUCCAUCAUCAAAAGUGGCCCGGGGGAUGAGUGGAUGCAAGAGCUUGAUGAACUAUUUGGUAACCCCUAGUCAGGAGGGGCCCAAGCUGUAGUGGUGGAAGGCCUCACAGGCAAGAAAGAAACAGGAUGGUUCCCCAUCCUUGUUUUUUGUUUUUAUGACCCAUGUAAACUGAGAAAACAACAGCUGGCUGACAGUAGAAGGUACAGGUGUCAAUCCCCAGCUCUGUGGGGCUUCAUUCCACCUGCCUUCCACAGAGCACUCAAGCAGAGAGGCCACGCAGACACCUGCUUGGAGAGAAGGGAUAUGGAGAACAGGUGGGUAGGUCGAGGCAGCAAGAGUUCCUCGGCUAAGCACCCCUGGGAUCUACUGGUCCAGAAGAAGUCGUCCCAGCCCAGAGGGACUAUGGCCUAAGAUGAGGUCCCCUUAGACCUUCCUGCCUUAGGUCCCGAGACCUCAGAGAUGGAGCCUCAGCCAGAGAAAGCCUAGCAAAGGAUGCUGGGAGACACAGAGGCCGUGUGCAUAGGUCACAAAUGUUCCAGAUGCUGGAAGGAAGGAGAUGUAUACUUCCAAGACAUGUCCCUGGAUUUGGAGGCAGGCAUGAAAAACAGUGAGCUUGCCUGAGCUGGCCCUAGGGAGACAAGCAAGGAUCCUGCAGUUCCGUCUGUCCCCUGCCCAGCGAUGAUCCUCAGGAAUGGUAAGGUGUUGCUGCCAGCCCCCUUACCAGGAUAGCCAACUAUGCUUGAGAAGGGCCCGUCUAGUAGCCCUGAAAGUCAGCUUCUGCCAGUGGCCGUGGUGGCCAUCACUCUAGGUUGCACUGAGCUUCCCAGAGUCCUCAUCCAAUCAGACACAUCUAGUUGGUUUUCGUGUUUAUGGCCAUAGCAUGGAAAGACCCCUGUUGAGUUCAGUGUCCGCUGCCUCUGGUCCUCCUGGCCUCUAUGCCAGCCUUGCCUUUGUGUCUCUCUAUACACUGAGGCAAAGGCAAAGUCAGCGCAAGAGGAACUUAGACAGCACCUGGCAUCCAAAGGUCCGCUGGAGCCAAGCGGGCUAAACUGAUAAAAGCCGCAGGUUUUAUAAGAGUCACACCCAUACUUCUGCUGUCCCCAGGGAAGAAUGGCCUGAAGAUCCCAGCUCCUUCAGAUGGUGCCAACAAUGCCACUCCAGAACCAGUCUUGUUUAUUUAUCGACCCCAUCAUCAGAAAGGCAGAUAUCAAAUGCUAGAGAUGGAAAACCUGAAAGAUGUAACUCCAUCUUACCAGUUGGGAUGUUAAAGAGAGGGAGAUGUGGUCCCUGCCCUGAAGGCAAUCCACUUCUAAAGCUGAGCCGCAGGUGCGGUUCCCCCAAAGCUGCCUGAAGGGAAAACGAAGAAGGAAGAACAGAUUCCAUGGUCACAAGCCUCCCACAAUCCUUGGAGGUCAGGUGACAUUUAUCCAUGGUGUUUAUUGACCUCCUAACUACCGAGAUGCAUGUACACGCACGCACGCAAGUGAGCACGCGUGCACACACACACACACACACACACACACACACACACAACUGGUUCAUUCUAUGUCUUCACAUACAUCUUACUCCAGAAACCUGAGCCUGUGGGAACUGCAUCGGCCAUACCCAAAAAGUCCACAGAGGGUGCACCGUGUAGAAGGCUGCAGCAGGGCACUCUGGAUCUGUUCUCCAUAUCCCGAGAGUUCCAGACCUGCUCUGACAGGAAGUAAAGCCGGAGGCACCAGGGUGAGGACCUGUGAGCCUCUCCAAAGAGGUGAUGGCAGGGUGACUAUGAACUCCCAGAAUGGGGUGGUACUGCCACUAGGGAAACUGAGUGGAAACACGUGAAAACCAAAAAGUAAAAUAAGAAAGAAAAGUGAGAAAACAGAAUACAAAUUUAUCACCUUUUCCUGCCAGGUUACAGGAAAAAAAAAAAGUAUAUAAGCAAUGAGGAGGAGCGGGGUGUGGAGAGAGUGGGCUCCAUUGUCCUUUAAAAGCCUCCUGGAAGUGCUCAGUCUGAGGACCAACUAAUAGAUGAUAGAUUUUAAUGAGGUCGUUUUGUUUUGUUUUUACUACGGUGCUGAUGUAUAUGUAAUGUCUAAAGAAAAGUUAUUUGUACAUAAGUUUUUACAAUGCUACAGAUAUCACUGGGUCUACUAUAUGUAAAAAGUAUACAUAUAAAUAUAUUAUAUAUAUA